CAAAUCUCGUCGCGCAACAACCCAACGUUUGCACUCAUAACUCAACCACUCAAACCCUACCACGACAACCAUCAAGCAACUUAUCAACAACAUUCAAAAUGGGCGCCGUCGUCUCUUGCAUCCAAUCGUGCCUCCGCACCAUCGGCCGCACAAUCAUGGCCAUCAUCAACGGCAUCGGCGGCGUCAUCAUGGCCAUUGUGAACGGCAUCGUCAGCUUCCUCGACAUCAUCGUUGGCUGCCUCACCUGCAAUAGGGCCGGUGGCCGCCGCCACCGGACUCACGGCGCCACGACCACGGGACGAAGCCGCGGCUUCGGCAGGCGGAGGCACGUCGGGACCACGAGCACCAUCUAAAGCAUCUGAGCAUAUGAGCAUAUGAUGCAAGAGUGUGCGGAGGAAGGAGUAAUGGGAAGGUGGAUAGGCUGUACUUUAUUCGGAGCGAUGGAUGGAUCAUAACGAGAUACCCGAUACCCAAGCUUCGGCUUUUGACGUGGAGGGAGAAGGGAGGACGCAUUCAGCAUGCUGGUUUCUUUUGUAUCGGCGUUGAGCUUUCCAUGAAAUUACGCAAGGGUAACCAUUGCAAAUUGCACCAUUUUACAUUGAUUCUUC